AUGCCCAAAAACACCUUCCAGCCUCGUCUCGGGCACCAGACACUGACUGCCGCCUUGCAGGACACCGAAGUUGUUACUAGCCCAGGCGGCGCUCCGAAUUUCAUCCUCAAACUCACACAUGACGAAGAGCUAGUCUUCACAUUUACCUUUAUCAUUCGCCAGGGACAGCAGUUUGUUACCAGCGGCGCCACCGAUAACAUAGCCAACAUCGACACCCAAAUCAGCGGACUGACCUACGUGUACGCCUCUAACCCCCGCGAGGUUGAGAACCUCGUUACUCGCGAAUUCCAUGCCGACCCGAAUCUACACAAGAACUCCAAUGUUGAACUGGUAGGGGACUUUGGGACCGGAGGCCACGCCUCGGUUUCUUUCGAGUGGACUUGGAAAUGGAAACCUCCGAAGCCCAUUGAAGACAGAGGCGGUGGAUGGAGGAACUCAUGCAGCUUCGUCGAGUACGACCCCCGCGCUCACCGGCUACACACCUUGGCCAGCUUCUCGUAUUGGGUAUCAAACGCCACUCUGCCGCUGAGCCACCCGAACUCGCCGUCUCCUCCGUUCCUCUUGACCGCGCCCCCCAAAAUCCGUGUCGCAUCCUCACAGUCUGUCGAUUCCCGCAUUAGCAACGCCGAGCUAGAUGAGCCCUCUUCACCCUUGCCGGUCAACACGUCUUCGUCCACACUCCUCCCCGUACAGCCACCCCUAGCCCAGGAGCCUGUGAAGGUUGAUGUUGCGUGCCCGAAACCAACCGACGAUGUUCUUGUGCCAGACGAUGGGCCGGUUUUCAGGGCAACGAUCAAAGCGCUGGAACAAAAGACGGGCAACAUGCGAACACAGAUGAAGCGCGUGCUAAAGAUGGCUAAGCAGGCGCAUGAAGCUCAGGUGGAAGCCAACAAGAACUUCUCCGAAUUCAUCGAUACACUCCGUGAAGCAUCAUCGACAAAUGCGAAUGCUGUUCAGCCAGCAAUUGAGCACUACUUCGACAAAAUUGCCAGGGAAAUUCUGUCCUACGAGCGACAGAAUACCGUCAAUCUCAAACGCAUUGUCAUUGAUCCAUUGGACAAAUUUUACACGGUGGAUAUCAAACAGGCUGAAUCCAAAAAGCGAGACUUCGAGGAGGAGAGCAAGGAUUACUACGCUUACGUUUCUCGAUAUCUUGGCCAGCGCCACGACUCGGUCAAGGCUAAGAAGCUUGCGGAGAGCGACUCCAAGUAUCAGACGAAACGCCGCAACUUUGAGCUUAAGCGGUUCGACUACUCUAGCUUCAUGCAGGAUCUUCAUGGUGGACGCAAGGAGCAAGAGGUUCUCUCUCACCUCACAAGAUAUGCUGAUGCCCAAACGAGGACCUUCUUGGAGGCCGCAAAGAAAAUCGACACUUUGGUGCCGCAGUUGGAGGCGCUGUCGAAUGAGGUUCAAGAGGCUGAUAAAGAAUAUCAAUACCAGAGGCGCGAGCGAGAGGAAAAGAGGCGACUUCUGGAAAAGGGCAACCAAACUUACAAUGAGCCGGAGCCAGUCCCGUUGGCCAGCACUAGCUCAGUCCAAGUCGCGGGCUCAAACGGAAACGCGUACGUCUCCGACAGCGACCUUGGUCGAGCCGACAGUACCGGCUCCCAACUGAAGGUCGCACUGACCUCCGGAUCCAACUCGACCGUGGCCAUAGUUUCUCCCGAGUUGUCCAGGUCUCCAGGCAGUCUGGGCGCAUCUUCAGUUGGAAGCCCUGCACAGGCCUCUAAAUUCAAAGGCAUCCGUGACUUGGAGGAGAAAGAUUACGGAACGUCAAGUGCAAGCAGUGCCCAGCGCAAGGAAGGUUUGCUGUGGUCUCUCAGCAAGCCCGGCAACCAUGUUGACCCUCGCAAUUUGAAGCAACAGGGCUGGCACAAUAACUGGAAGCAAAGGUUGGAUCUUCACAUGGAUCCAAUCGAUUUGAGAAUGGCCUCUGUGAGAGAAGCCCGUAACGCUGAGCGUCGAUUUUGCUUUGAAGUCAUUACGCCACAUUAUAAGCGAGUUUACCAGGCCACUUCCGAAGAGGACAUGAACAGUUGGAUCUUAGCUAUCAACAAUGCACUCCAAAGCGCUGUUGAAGGCCGAGUUGCCAGAGAUAAAUCCGGGCCUGGGGCUUCCGACUCGGGCUCUAUCAGGAAGGAUAUUGGGUCCAUCCUGACGGGCAAGAGCCCUUCAGUCGGGCACAACAGCCACCAUGCGCAUUCCAACAGCGGUGCGCCGAUGCGCCGAAUAACUGUCGGCGCCCGGCCAAGCACUCAUCGAUCUACCAGUUCGAGUUACGACGACAACCCUGAUAAGCUAUUGCAACUACUCCGCGACAACGACCAGGGCAAUUGCUGGUGCGCGGACUGCGGAUCCGGAACCAAGGUCGAGUGGGUCUCAAUCAAUCUGGCAAUCAUUGUUUGCAUCGAGUGUAGCGGUAUCCAUCGCUCUCUUGGUACGCAUAUCAGCAAAGUGAGGUCUCUGACCUUAGACAUCAACUCUUUCACCCCCGAUAUUGUCGAACUCUUGUUGCUUGUCGGAAACCGGGUGUCGAAUAUGAUUUGGGAGGCAAAGCUCGAGCCCGGCAUGAAGCCUGGACCCCAGGCAACGCGCGAGCAGCGGCUGAGGUUCAUCACGGCGAAGUACGUGGAUAGAGCGUACAUUGAGCCCAUCUCGGCGACAUUAUCUCGUUACCCUACACCCGAAGACACUUUGCUGGCGGCGAUCAAGAAGAAUGAAAUCCAGCAGGUUAUUUAUGCAUUGGCUCUCAAGGCCAGUCCUAACGUUACGGAUCGUUCGAGGGGUACGCAUGCAGUGUUCUUGGCGCUAGCAGCGGCUGAUCCGGCAUCACCUUCACCAACCCCUGGCCAACCAUCGGAGGCGGAGAGGGUGGUGCCAUUUCCAGUCGCCGAGAUGCUUCUUCAAAACGGGGCGGAAAUACCUUCAUCGAUGCCUGCAUUCCCCCUGAGUCGAAGCGCUCAAUUGUAUAUUGAAGAGAAACGGGGCAGAAACACGGGAUUUUCGAGCGAUACUGUCGGGACGCUCCCUGGCAAUAUGAGCCCCGACCAGAAGCUAGCGCGCGAAAGGGAAUCGCGUCUGCAGAAGCGAGUGAGCGCAGGAGGCCGUUUGGCCAAGAGUCCGAUUCCGGAAAGGUAG